AUGAUCGACUCGAGGCUAAGUUUUCGAGAACACCUGCAGGAGCUUGGCCGCAAGGCUGCAGUCACCAACAGGGCAUUAUCUCGCCUGAUGCCCAACACCAGGGGCCCCAAACAGAGUCAUCGAGCACUACUUUCAAGCGUGACAAGGUCUAUAGCCCUCUAUGCUGCUCCUAUCUGGACAGACGCCGUUUUCAAAAGCUCUUACAUCGGCGGCUUGGCGUCAACCUUCCGGCUGAGCGCCAAUAGAAUCAUAAGCGGUUUCAGGACCGUUUUCGACCAGGCUGCACAUGUCAUUGCCGGCAUACCCCCUUUCGAGCAAAUGGUCAGGAAGAGGGAAUGGACGCCAAGGAGUCACGGCCAGAUGAACUUUUACUUGACUCAGGCCAUCAGUGGCCACGGCUGCUUCAGGAGAUACUUAUUUCGGUUCGGACAUAACACAGCCGAAGAGUGCCCCGCCUGUUUCCCGACUGCUGUGGAGGAUGCCGAGCACGUAAUUUUUCAGUGCGGUAGAUACGCAACCCUCAGACAACAGCUUACAGAUGUAAUUGGCGAAAGGUUAACGGUGUCGACGUUGGUUCCGCUGAUGCUGGUAUUGUUCAUUAACUGGACACUGAUCAGCCAAUUUGUGGCAGCGGUCAUGAUCGAGCAAAGGAGGGCCGAGAAGGCCAGACAAAGAACGAGGGAGAUAGCGGCGCCGAUGCCCUUGUGA